AUGCUUCCAUACUUAAAUGGUCAGAAAGUUUUCAGUUAUGUGGAUGGCACCCUCAAACAGCCACCACAAGAACUACGUGCUAUUGAUGGCACCACCUCUCCGAAUCCUCUGUUUGAAACAUGGGAAAUUCAAAAUAACUUAAUCUUAAGCUGCAUCAACGCUUCUUUUAUUGAUGAAGUCCUUGUGCAAGUUGUGCAUUGCACUUCGUCACAUGCAGUUUGGACUGCCCUCAUCUCUACCUUCGCUUCCCAAUCACGGGCUCAAGCUAUUCAUGUACGCUCCCAACUCUUUAAUGCCUGUAAGACCACCCAAAUGGCCAGUGAAUACUUCAUGCAGAUCAAGCGCAUUGCCGAUGAUCUUGCCUUUGCCGAACAACCCUUAAGAUGUGAUGACAUUAUCAGAUAUAUUCUUGCUAGCCUUGGACCUGAAUAUGACUCCCUCAUCACCACGGUUUCUGCCCGCGAUAACUCUCUGCCGUUGGAGGAAGUCUAUUCCAUGCUUCUCAAUUGUGAGGCACGCAUUCGACACCACUCUCAAACAUUUAAUUUAGCUAAUCCCUCAGUGCAUGUUGCUGCAAAAUCCUCAAACUUCACCAGCUCCCGUGGCUGUGGUUCACCCACUUUCCGAGGCAAUGGGCGUGGCCAUGGCUCAAGUCGAGAUUGGCAUCGUCGCUUAGGCCAUGCCUCCUUUCGCACUGUCAAUCAUGUGCUGCAUGCAAAUAAACUUCAUGUUGGAUCCAAUAAGAGACAACGUACUAAUUCUUGUUCCAAUGAUCCACUACCAACUUCAUUUGAUCUGAAUACAUCUACUUGGGUACUGGAUACCGAGAUCCCAGAUGUAACAACAACUCCAGCAAAACCUGCCACUUGCGCAUCAGAUCUUGCUGAUCAUCCUUCAAUUCCUCCAAAUCAACCAGCUGCCCCUCGAUGCAUGAUAACUCGUUCUCAGACCAACAAUCUCAAACCACGACAACCCUUUGUUGGCAUGGUAAAGUAUCAUUUACCAAAAUGUUUGAUUUCAAAAUAUAAUUCACCACUCACAGAGCCAACCUCAUUCACCGAAGCAUCUAAGCAUGCUUCCUGGCGUGAUGCAAUGAACAGUGGAUUCAAUGCCUUGCUAAAAAAUGGAACUUGGGAUUUGGUUCCACCGAAGCUUCAUCAAAAUCUUGUGGGGAAUAAAUGGGUGUAUCGGAUCAAAACUCUUGCAAAUGGACAUAUAGAGUGA